GCCUGUGCGACCUGGAACCAGCAAAUCAAUGGCUGGAGUGUUGGAGUCGAUGAAACCUGCUCGAUGUGGCUGUCGUCGAUGCCAGAGGAUGGCCGCAGGCUGAUGGCCGCACAGCAGCCAAGCCUCUUCACUGUCAUCACCAUGCCAAUCUCAUCAACCUCCAGCCCAUCAGAAGAUGCUCCAGGCGCCGAGCAGCCGCAG